AUGGGAACUUCAGUGUUUUCAGUACUGACUGACUACCGAGUAAUGGCUUCUUCUCAGUUUCUCUUCUUUCUUCUUCUUUCUCUGCUCGUCAUCUUCAUCUAUCCAUCUCAUUCUUCUCCAGAUAACAAUGUCACCGAAGCUCAAUCUGUCAAACCAAAGAAAGUUAAUCUGUCUCUAUAUUAUGAGUCUCUAUGCCCAUAUUGCCGGAAUUUCAUUGUAAGUCAACUCGUGAAGGUCUUCAACACUGAUCUUCUCAAUAUCAUCAAUCUUAGGCUUGUUCCCUGGGGCAACGCUGAAGUUGUAAAACCUAACAAGACCAUCAUUUGCCAGGUUUCACUUCCAUUUUUCUAUCUUAUUUGUAUUCAUUUGAGUUUUGUCACUUCCCUUCAACCAUUGCAUCCGUAUUUUGGCAUAUUACAUCAUGGUGAAGAUGAAUGCUACCUGAACACCAUACAUGCCUGCGCCAUCAACAUCUGGCCUGAUUUGAGAAUGCAUUUCAACUUCAUCUACUGUAUUGAAAAUCAAGGCCUUCACAUCAAGAAUGUUCAGCACUCUGACGGUGCAGAUACAUUGUGGAAAGCCUGCUCUGCCAGAUUGGGUAUGGACGAGAAACUUAUCAAGAACUGCUAUGACAGCGGAUAUGGAAGAAAGAUGCAAAUUGAAAUGCAGCUUUUACUGCAGUACGCUACGGAAACAAAUAAUCUCCAUCCAAAACAUUUAUAUGUUCCCUGGGUGACAGUGAAUAAUCAACCUCUUUAUGAUGUUAGCCACUCAUCUCUCUGUUCAUCGUUAUCAACACCUUUGUUUCUCUCUCUGACCAUCUAAAUACUUGGGGUGCAGAAAUACGAAAACUUUAUAACCUAUGUCUGCAAUGCUUACAAAGACAAAGCUCUGGCAAAGGCCUGCAUGUCAAAUUCUCCCAAAGCAGCUGAAGACAAAAGUUCAAUCUCUCCUGUCUGCUACCCAGACUCAGCUUCGUUCAUUCCAGCUGAGACUUAAUUGUUGCAGUGGAGGAAAACAGAGGCACCAGUAUAAAUUCACAUAGUAGUAGGAUCAGGAUGGACCAUUUUAACUUUUUAACUUCUACAUUAUUUAUGCAGGAAUGAGAUUACAAUUUGGACUACUAGCAUAA